AUGUUAUCAUCAAACAACGUUGGUUCCUCUUCGAGUGGCGAUGAGAAGUCAUCAUUAAAAAAGCACACAAUGCAUCAUCACAGAGAAGAAAUCGAUUCAUCAUCGGCGCUCACAGAAACUUUAGAUAUUGAAGUUGUUGAUGAAGAACAUGAAAAGGAUUUAGUGAAGGAGGAAGAAAGUGUUGCGGAAUUAAUUAAAGAUGAAAAUGUUGAUGAGGAAAAGAUUGAUGGUGAUUUACCAGAUCAAGAAGAAGUAGAAGAUGAAUCAUCUGCCCCAAAGGCUGUUAAAGAAAAUUUUGAUAAAUUAAACGAACUUUUGCAAAAGACCGAAACCUACUCUCGUUUUAUUCAUGAACAUGUUGUCGGUGAAGAAGAAGAUGAUGUAAAAGAAGAAGAACAAGAAGAAGAGGAAGCAAGCGAAGGAGAGGAAGAAGAAUCAAACGGAAAAAGAAAAAGAAAGGGUAGAAAGGCAACAACCACUGACGAAUCAGCUCAAAAAAAGUUGAAAUCUGUUUUCAGCAAAUCCAAGACAUUACAAACAGCUAAUCAAGCUGCUUUAAAGUAUUCUCAACCAAAAUAUUUGUCCGGAACAACACUUAGAGAUUAUCAAUUGAAGGGUGUUAACUGGUUGAUUAGUUUGUAUGAAAAUGGUGUCAACGGUAUUUUGGCAGAUGAAAUGGGUCUCGGAAAAACUAUUCAAACUAUUGGAUUAUUUUGUCAUCUUUAUGAAAAGGGAAUUAAAGGACCAUUCCUUGUUGUUGCACCAUUGUCAACUGUAUCAAAUUGGGUAAAUGAGAUUGAUAAAUGGGCUCCUGAUAUUGGGUGUGUACUUUAUCAUGGUAAUAAGGAUGAUAGAGCUAUUAUAAGAGCAAAGAAUUUUUCAAAGGUAAAGAAGGGACAAAUUGCUGUAGUAGUUUCAUCAUAUGAAAUUGUUAUGAGAGACAAGAAAUUCUUGGCAAACAAAUUUAAUUGGAAGUAUAUUGUAGUAGAUGAAGCCCACAGAUUGAAAAAUUUCAAUUGUAGAUUAACUAGAGAAUUGAAGACUUACUCGAGUGAAAAUAGAUUGCUUCUUACAGGUACACCAUUACAAAAUAAUUUAUCUGAACUUUGGUCAUUACUCAACUUUUUAUUACCAUCAAUUUUUGACGACUUGAGUGCUUUUAACAAGUGGUUUGAUUUUACAAAGAAGGAAAAGAAUGAUUAUAUUACAAAUGAAAAGACACAACUCAUAAGCAAGCUUCAUAACAUUCUUCGUCCUUUCUUAUUAAGAAGAUUGAAGAGUGAUGUAGAUAUUGGUAUUCCAAAGAAACGAGAAUUUUUAAUUUAUACACACAUGACAGAUAUGCAAAAGGAAUAUUAUAAUGCUGUAAAAAGUAAGGAUCUCUUACCAAUUUUCAAAGAUCAAAAGAGAGCAAAUAGCACAACUCUUUUGAAUUUACUUAUGCAAAUGAGAAAGAUUUGUAACCAUCCAUUCUUGCUUAGAGAAUUUGAAACAAAAGACAGUGAAUCUGAAUCUGCUUCAAACAAGAGAUUCUUGAAGGAAUGUACACAAAAUUCUGGUAAAUUUGGAUUACUUGUAAAAAUGUUGGAAAAUUUGAAAAAGAAUGGUCACAAAGUUUUAAUCUUCUCUUUAAUGACAAGAUUUUUGGAUGUACUUGAAGAUUAUCUUGAAUGUAGAGGUGACAUGAAAUAUUGUAGAAUAGAUGGUUCCAUUGCUCAAACUGAGAGAGAACAAAAAAUCAAAGAAUUUAAUCAAGAUGAAGAUGUAUUUUGCUUUUUACUUUCCACUCGUGCUGGUGGUUUGGGUAUUAACUUGACAGCUGCUGACACUGUUAUUAUUUACGACAGUGAUUGGAAUCCUCAAAUUGAUUUACAAGCUCAAGAUCGUUGUCACAGAAUUGGUCAAAAACGUAGUGUUAGAAUUUUCAGAUUACUUACGUUAGGAACUGUAGAAAAGAAAGUUCUUCAAACAGCAACAAAGAAACUCAAAUUGGAAAGACUUAUCAUCCACAAAGGAAACUUUAAAGGCAACACUCAACAACAAAGCAAGAUGACUAUCACAGCACAAAAUUUGAUGGAAAUUUUGGAUGAUACUCAAGUCAAUAAUGACAGCAAACAUGAUGAAGGAAUUAAUGACGAUAUCUUGGACAGACUUAUCAAUGAAAGAGGAGAUGAUUCAACUCUUCCAGCUGCAGGUGUUGGAUAUGAAGAAGCACACAUCUUCCAACAAGACUUUUAGUUCACUCUCGAUAAUAAUUUGCCUUUUUGGUGUUGUCAACAAUUAACCAACCUUCCAUUAAAGCUCUAUUUAUUU